AUGGCUGCCGCAACAACGAAAAGCGACGCGUCGCACGCGCCUGUCGAGGUCUCCUUCCCUCUGCCCCGAGGACUGCGCACAAACAUCCACCUCCAGCUCACCAACAACGGGCCGAACCUGGUGCUGUUCCUGACCACCGCGUCCCCCGAGUCCGCAUCUUCCGCGCCGCUAGGUUCCUUCGUCUACGCUAUGCCGAAUCGCAUGUCACCAGCCGAUACGCUCAGCACACCCCUCUUCACGCACUCCGGAACCAUAGAUUUCACGACCCGGCUGUCCAAGGUGCUUGCGCGCAAGACGGGAAAACCGGUUUAUGUUGGGAGUUCGUUGAGCUUCGCGAGUGCGGGGAUGGGCGGGACUGUUGAGGAGGAGAUGGAGGGGUUUCGGAGGGUUGUUGAGGUUGUUAUGGGGUUGUUGGAUGGUGGGAAGAAGUUGGGAGGGUGA